AUGGGAAGCUUUGUUCCCUGGCUUUAUUACUCCUUUUACUGCUCCCCCAAGUCCCGGCUGGUGUAUCUGACGGUGGUUUGUAUCCUGGGCAUCUCUGCCAUCGUGGUCUCCCAGUUGGACAUCUUUUCCACUCCGCAGUACAGGGCAGGAAUCAGCCCAGAGCCCAUUCAGCUGAGGAUUCACUCACCCUACGUGCUAAACCUGACACUCGUCGAUCUACCCGGCAUCACCAAGGUACCAGUCGGGGACCAACCCCAGGACAUUGAGCAGCAGGUGAGGCAGAUGCUGGAGCUUUACGUCACGAACCCCAACUCCCUGAUCCUGGCUGUGACGACAGCCAACACCGACCUGGCCACGUCGGAGGCUCUCAAACUGGCCCGGGAUGUGGAUCCUGAUGGACGGCGGACUCUGGCGGUGGUAACAAAGCUGGACCUGAUGGACGCUGGCACUGAUGCCAUGGACGUGCUGACAGGCAGAGUCAUCCCUGUCAAACUGGGCAUCAUUGGGGUGGUCAACAGGAGUCAGCACGAUAUCAAUGUAAAUAAGAGCAUUGCAGAUGCUGUACAGGAUGAGCAGGUCUUUCUGCAGAGAAAAUACCCUUCCCUGGCCUCCCGCAAUGGGACCAAGUAUCUGUCACGCACCCUCAACAGAUUACUGAUGCACCACAUCAGAGACUGCCUGCCUGAGCUGAAGACCAGAGUCAACGUACUGACAGCCCAGUACCAGUCUCUGUUGAGCAGCUACGGGCAGCCAAUUGAAGACCACAAUGCCACCCUGCUCCAGAUCAUCACCAAGUUUGCCACCGAAUACUGUAGCACCAUCGAGGGCACUGCCCGCAACAUCGAGACGUCUGAGCUCUGUGGGGGUGCACGAAUCUGCUACAUCUUCCACGAGACGUUCGGACGCACCCUGGAGUCCAUCGACCCCCUGACAGGCCUCUCCACCCUCGACGUGCUGACCGCCAUCCGCAACGCCACGGGUCCCAGGCCAGCUCUGUUUGUUCCGGAAGUUUCCUUCGAGCUGCUCGUCAAGAGGCAGAUCAAGAGGUUGGAGGAACCGAGCUUGAGGUGCGUGGAGUUAGUCCACGAGGAGCUGCAGAGGAUUAUACAGCAUUGCUCCACAUACAACACACAGGAGCUGCUCAGAUUCCCGAAGCUCCACGAUGCCAUAGUGGAGGUUGUGACAGGAUUACUGCGUAAACGCCUGCCUGUCACCAACGAGAUGGUACAUAAUCUGGUAGGUAUUGAGUUGGCCUACAUCAACACCAAACACCCGGACUUCAGUGAUGCUGCCAUGGUGUCUGCCUCUGUCAACAGCUCCCAGUUGGAGUUGCCCACAGAGGGAGGGAGGAAGUGGAAGAUGGAGAAAGCUGAGGAGAGGAGUGAGGAGAGAGGCCGCACAGCCCAGCCCACAGCUACAGCCUCCUCCAGCCACAGCCACAUGGUCAACCUGCUGGAUACACCGGUGCCUGUGUCCAGGAAGCUGAGCCUGAGGGAGCAGAGAGACUGUGAAGUCAUCCAACGGCUCAUCAAAUCCUACUUCCUGAUCGUCAGGAAGAGCAUCCAGGACAGUGUGCCCAAGACAGUGAUGCACUUCCUAGUGAACCACGUGAAGGACAGUAUGCAGAGUGAGCUGGUGGGCAAGUUGUACAAGUCACAGUUAUUGGACGGACUGUUGGUCGAGUCUCAGGACAUGGCACAACAGAGACACGAGGCAGCCAGCAUGCUAAAGGCGCUACAGCGAGCAAGUCACAUCAUCUCCGAGAUUCGAGAGACUCAGCUGUGGUGACCCUGUCCUCCCCCCCACCCCCCCACAAAACACACAGUCACUACACUUUACAGUGCGUCCCGCGAAGCGCUUUGAGACGUCUCGACGAUGUGAUCGGGCGCCCAGUCAAUUGUGCAGUGUUGGCUGUAUGUUGUGGCAUGUUGGUUUAUGUUGUGGGCGUGUUGGCUAUAUGUUGUGGCGUGUUGGCUUAUGUUGUGGGCACGCUGGCUGCGUGGCGUGUUGGCUGCAUGUUGUGGCGUGUUGGCUGCAUAUUGUGGCGUGUUGGUUGUAUGUUGUGUGUUGGCUGUAUGUUGUGGCGUGUUGGCUGUGUGCUGUGGCCUGUUGCUUGUAUGUUGUGCUAUGUUACUGUGCAGAUAUGUUUGAUCUAUUGCCCGUGUCAGUGCACACACGGGCUGACGUGAAGCCUGGAACUUUCCUCUUGUGUAACUUUCUGAUAGUUGUUUUGUUAAAAUAAUGCCACAAAUCAA